CAGAGUACAUCAGAGUGGAGAGAUCAGCGGGAAGAGAGAGCAGCGCUGAUGAAUCUCUGUUGCCGUUUAAGGUUUUUGCUUUGGAAUCUGUCGGACAGGACAACACUGAGAGGAAAAAAAACAAAGGAAAUAUAAUAACAAAGACUAGCAUUUUAUAAGUAUUUACACUGGUAUCUACACAAGUUCUCCUUUCGGACAAAAAGGAAGCAGCUUUUUGUGUUAUCUCUGCAUUCGCUCACAGACACUUUACACAAUUGCUCACUUUUGCUCAAAGUGAAACAGGGACAGGUUUCGUGCACCGUUUGCCGCUGAGCUAUGGGGACGGUUAGUGAACUCUGUGCCUCCAGCUUCCAGGCGUUCCUGUGUCCCACAGUUUGCCCGCCCGCUCCAGCAGUGCCGGAUGACCUGACGCCAGAGGAGAAGCAGGACCUGGAAAACAUUAGGAGACGUAAACAGGAGCUGCUCGAGGACAUACAGCGGCUAAAGGAUGAGAUAGCAAAGGUGACGGAUGAGAUUGAAAGUCUUGGGUCCACUCAAGAAAGAAUCAAUAUGCAGCGAAGUAAACAGAUGGCCAUGGGUCGCAAGAAAUUUAACAUGGAUCCUAAAAAGGGGAUUCGGUUUCUCAUUGAGAAUGAAUUACUGAAGAACACUUGUGAAGAUAUUGCUCAAUUCCUCUACAAGGGUGAGGGCCUCAACAAGACAGCCAUCGGAGAUUAUCUGGGUGAAAGGGAUGACUUCAAUAUUCAGGUUCUUCAUGCCUUUGUGGAGCUUCAUGAAUUUACAGACCUCAACCUUGUCCAGGCCCUCAGACAGUUCUUAUGGAGUUUCCGGUUACCAGGUGAGGCUCAGAAGAUUGAUCGUAUGAUGGAAGCCUUUGCCCAACGUUACUGUCGAUGCAAUCCUGGCGUCUUUCAAUCUACAGAUACAUGUUACGUCCUCUCGUUCGCGAUUAUCAUGUUGAACACAAGCCUUCACAACCCUAAUGUGAAGGACAAGCCGUCCGCAGAGCGAUUCAUAGGCAUGAACAGGGGUAUCAAUGAUGGUGGAGAUCUACCAGAAGACCUACUCAGGAACCUGUACGAGAGCAUUAAGAACGAACCCUUCAAGAUACCUGAAGAUGACGGCAACGACCUCACUCACACCUUCUUUAACCCAGACCGAGAGGGCUGGCUGCUCAAACUUGGUGGACGGGUGAAAACAUGGAAGAGGAGAUGGUUCAUCUUGACAGAUAACUGCCUCUAUUACUUUGAGUACACCACUGAUAAAGAGCCAAGAGGGAUCAUUCCUCUAGAAAAUCUUAGUAUUAGAGAAGUGGAUGACUCCAAAAAGCCAAAUUGUUUCGAACUCUUCAUCCCAGACAAUAAGGAUCAGGUCAUAAAGGCAUGUAAGACUGAAGCAGAUGGACGGGUUGUGGAAGGCAACCAUACAGUCUACCGAAUCUCAGCCCCAACAACAGAAGAGAAAGAGGAGUGGAUUAAAAGCAUCAAGGCUGCCAUAAGCAGAGACCCCUUCUACGAGAUGCUUGCUGCCAGGAAGAAGAAAGCAUCAUCUUUGAAGAGACAGUAGAAUAUUGAAACAUGGAUACAUGCAUGCAUGGAUUCCCGCUUCAAGGCUGUGAAAAGGAUCUUUGUACAUGGACCUGGAAAAUGUGGGAUUGGUCUGAGAAAUGGGCAAAUUUAAAAAGGAAAGCCAUAACACUGGAUUGGACUGAUUCGUCUCAGGAAUGCAUUUGAAUGUUUUCAGUGCAGUUGGUAGUCAAAGAUGUUGACUGACAUAUAUGUAUGUUUAAUUCUCAUGAACUGUUUAUGGAGAGAAUGUUAUUGAACACUCACAAGAUCAUCUCAAAUCAGCAGGUCUGACUGAAAGUGGCAUCUCACUCAUCUUUUUUAAGCUUGCUACAAAUAUAACUGCUCCUUUUUGUGCUUUGAUACAUAUAAAAUUGCUAAAUGUACAACUAUUUUUACACAGUUAUGUAAAUAUCUGGGAGGGAUUGGUCCCCGAUUUGUUAUAUUUAUAUAACAAUAUAAUUUUAGUGACCAUGGGAAUCCCAAAACAUUUCCCUUAGUUUGAUUCAUAUUUAUGGGAUAAAGUAAAAGCUGUUACAUGUCAAAAAUUAAACUACUGAUUUAAGAGUUUAUUUUUCCUAUGUUUUAUAUUUUACCACAAUCUAUGUUGGUUGAAUUGUUAAUGUCACGUAAAAGCCCCCCAAACACACUUUUUCUUUAUAUGCACUGAUAAUUGAGAGAGAGCGAACUCUCAAGUACUAAUUUAUCAAUACUGUACAUAUUUAAACAUAUAGGUUGUUUUUUUAUUGUCAAAAUAUACUUUGUGCAAAUGUAAAUGGGGUGAAGAAAAAGUUUUGACCUGUUAAGUUUAUUUCACCAUUGCUAUGUAAUCUUGUGCUUAAAAUAAAAUUGGUAUGAUUGAGCUUUACCAAAU